AUGAAGGAAGUUACGGUGGAGGUCACCUCAGAAGCCACUUUGGAGGUCACUCCUGAGGUUGAAGUAGAGRUAACUCCAGAAUAUGUAGUGGAGGAACCUCCAGAGGCWGCUGAAGAAGUUCCUGAGGAAGCAGAAGAGGUCCCUUUGGAGACUGCAGUGGAAGAMACUCCAGAGUCUGUAGAAGAAAUCCCCCCAGAGAUUGUAGAGAUAACUCUGGAAGCUGUUGAAGAAGACACUCCAGAGGCUGUAGAAGAAAUAGUUUCAGUGACUCCAGAAGAGAUAGCACCAGAACCUUCAGAGGAGGACAUUCCAGAACCUUCAGAGGAGGACAUUCCAGAACCUUCAGAGGAGGAAAUUCCAGAACCUUCAGAGGAGGAAAUUCCAGAACCUUCAGAGGAGGACAUUCCAGAACCUUCAGAGGAGGAGAAUGGGAUUGAAGAUGCAUUUGAAAGGUUACCAGGAUUCAAGAAGGUCUUUGUAGUUGAAUUCAGGCCUCAGAAGGACCUCCAAAGGGGUAUGUUGUCUGUGGUAGUCCACUACGCAGUGACUCUGGAGGUGGACGGGGCAGGCAUCAGUAACGAGACCAUGGACUACAUCAACCUCCAGUCCAACGUGGUGGAGAAGUCUUACCGUGAUGCUGUUGAACGCCCCACCGUGGUCUACACCAUAACAGACUUCCGAAACUACAUCACUGAAGCCCUGCACAAGGAGAACUUCAUGAGCAACACCACUCUGGAUGUAGACCCUGACUCACUGCAGCUAGAGCGAGUUGAUAACUUGUUUCUGGGAGGGAGACCCACCACCAAACCAGAAGAGUCCAAUGACAUGAUGGACAAUGUUCUGGCUGCUGAGAAACCACCAGAUGCUCCUGGCCAAGACUUGGAUGUCAGCAACAUCUUCCUGAAGAAGGAUGAUUUCCUGUUUCCUAUGGACCCUUUGAAAGGCUCCGGGAGCGUUGUGGCCAGUGAAAAUGAUGUGUUCGUUCUGGAUGAAACCACCUUGCCAUCCAGCACCACUGCUGUCCCUGCAGAGAAUAAUGGAAAUAUUGAAGAAGAGGGAUUUCUUCUCAGCAACACUCAUCAAGACUCUCAUACUCCCGAUGGGGAUGGUGUGGUCGGUGCUGGAGGCUCCUCUACCUCCUCCCCUUCACAACCACAGACCACAGAGGCCCCGGUCCCGGCACCUCCCAGAGUAGACACAGAUUUGGAUGCUGGUUCUGGCUCCGGCUUCUCUGGGGAUGACCAAGGGGCUGACGUCUUGCCAUGGUUUCCCGUGACAACUGAGGAGACGGACUACAUAGAGGAGGAGGAGGAGGAUUCUGUGGUGGGGGAGGUGCAUUUACCAGAUCCAGAAGUGGAACCRAAGGAGGAAGAGAAGAAGGAGGAGGAGAAGGGGGAAGAGAUCACCGAAUCKGUCCUGACUGAAUCUYCAGAGGAUAUGGGUCYUUUUGAGUCCCAUCCAGAAUCUGCCCCAGUUGAGGAAGAGCCACAACGGCCUUUCUUGGACAGACUGCCUGUGACCCAAGACAUUAAUACCCGACCUGACUACACGACCACCGCUGAAGCCCCUGUGUUCUGGACCGCAGAGACCCUGACCGUGGAGCUCUCCAUACAGACGCUGGAGGCCUCUGGGAUGUAUGACGAUUAUUACCCAAGCGAACCAUUCACCAUCAUAGCACCAGUCACUGAUUAUCCCUAUCCUCAGUUUUACACCACUGAGGCCCUCGUKUUGGAAGGGCCAGCAGCUGAGACCCAUGGUUCUGUUGAGGAGCUGUCGGRGCCAACCAGUCCWAUAGAGGUUGAACUCCCCACAGUCACAGAGUCACCUACCUUCAUAGACAUGGAGCUGUUCACAGUCAAGGAGUCCAUCUUCGAUAUGAUCACCGCCGAACCACCAGAGAUCGAAGCCUUCACCGACAGACCUUUACUCUUGGUGCCCGAUCCUGAGGAUGAAGACGGAGAGGUGGAGAUCUUGGAGGAACAGGGGGCGGAGGUCGCAGAGCCCUUGGCCACACUACUCCCAGCCCUUGACAUCUCAGAGGAGGACCUAGCUGAAGAUGAAAUAUUUGUUGUGGCUGCAGGUACAGCAGCCCCGGAAGUCAUAGAGUCUCAUAGCAUCUUAUCCCCCGAGAAGGAAUCUCCCUUCACUCGUAUAUCUGACUCUGUACCGGAAGAGGAGGAAGCCACACACCAUCCAGCCACCACCGAAAUAGCAMCACAUGGUGACAUUGAAAUCUCUGAGACACCUGAAAUUGCCCCAACGAUCCUACCUCCAUUCUUCCAGCCAACAUUCAGACCCACAGAAAACCUGCUUCAGGCAGCAGAAGAGUCAGAUGUUAGCAUUGAAGAAGGAGAUGUUAGUAUGGCGCCAGCACCCCCUUCCUCAGCUCACGACACAUACGAACUAGAAGUCGGCACUUCAAUCCAAGCGGUUGGAGACUACGCACCAGACUCCCCCAUGCCGGAAAUUGACCUCACCUUCGACGUGUAUGACGGAAUGAGUCACAUGGACGGGGACAGCAGUGGGUACUCCAGCAUCGCCACGGGUCAGACGUGGGCAGCAUCGCCAUGGCGAAGAGCCCUGGCAAGGAUCUGAUGGUGUUCUUCAGCCUGAGGGUGACCAACAUGAUGUUCUCUGAGGACCUCUUCAACAAGAGUUCCACAAGGUACAAAGCCCUGGAGCAGAGGUUCCUCGAACUGCUCGUCCCUUACCUGCAGUCCAACCUCAGCAACUUCCAGAACCUGGAGAUCCUGAAUUUCCGUAACGGCAGCAUCGUGGUGAACAGCAGGAUGAAGUUCGGGAAGCCCGUCUCUCGGGGUCACCAACACUGUCUACCUUAUCCUAGAGGACUUCGCUAACUCAGCCUUCCAAACCAUGAACCUGCCAUAGACAAAUACUCACUGGAUGUGGAUC